GGUGCUGGAAGCUGCUCGAUUUCAACAGUGUGAAAAGAUACCAGAUACUCAUAAACGAGAUACUAUUCAUGUGCAAUUUUAUUUGCAAAGGCUCUAUAGUAGUGUGAAUGUGGCGGUGUAAAGGUUGCUCAGUAGAAGUUUGCAGCAGAUUGGCACUACUAAACCAUUAUAAAGCCAAGCAUCCUCAUUUUGGACGUACAAGCCGUUAUCCAUAUUAAGACGUACAUAAUGACGCAUGCUCCAGCCAUUCUUAAAGUGAUCCUGGGCAAUAACAGCAGUCAAAGACUGAACUUUCAAAAUGGACUUCCAGAUUCUGUCAGUGAACUUGUGACCGAGGUACAAAGACAGUGUGGCAUUAAAACUAACUUCAGGCUUCAGUUUAUGGAUGCACUAUUUGAAAAUGAGUUCCUGAACCUCACUUCAGUUGAUGAAAUACAGGACAGAGGGACAAUCAAAAUAGUCCCCAUGACAGAGGCUUCAGCUUUGCAAUGUGCUGAUAUCCCUUCAACUUCAGAGACUGUUUUUUGUCCCCCCUUAGUGGAUGAAACCUCAUCCAUGUUUAGUGUGUGCGUUGACACUAACCCACUUUCCACAACAGAGUCCGAGACAUCUACUUCUAGACAAUUUUGGCCUACCAUCUUCCAUGUCCCUCAGUUUUCCUUUGAUGCAGAGCUGAAACUUCAGCGAGGCAAUGCAGCAUACAAAGAGAUGGGUACAUUUCUUAUUCCAGAUCUUAAAUUGAAGUCAAACAUUCUUGAAGGCCUGGUUCAAGAAAUUGUCAAAUACAAAGUUUAUGCCACUGAUAAGGAGUUCAACGUCGUUGGGGAGGCCCUUAUCUCUAAACAUCCUUGUCUCAAGGAGAAAGGCUCCCUGACCGGAUACGCUGGUUGGAAAGCUAGCUUAAAGAAUAAACUUGCAAUUUACCGCACUCAUUUGAGAAAACUGGGAUGCCCUGAGGUACUUGUAAAUUCUUUGAAGCACAAACCAGCAGAUAAAGCAAAUGCUGCUGUGGCCAUCAAAAAACCACGGCGUUCUGAAGUAAACUACUGCCCCCCUCAUCCCAUCGGAGAAUCUGAUGAGAGCCUGGAGAAUCUGAGAGUGGCACUUCUUUCCGAGGUGAAGAAAAACAACAACAGGGAGGUGAUUAGGAUGAAAAUGGAGAAGACAUUUUCCCAUAGAAGAUAUGAAGUGGUUCGUCACACACCCAUGAUCCAAGACUUCAAGGCAAGAUGGCCAGCUCUCUUUGAUAUAAAUGCUGAGUUUAAGCGCAUCACCACCAUGGCCCUGCAGUCCAGAUUUUUGUCACAGAUCGAUAUUCUGUCUGACAAACUUCUAAAGGUAUUUCAGAAGCGAGGAGGGCAAAGAAGACUGCAGACCAUCAUGGAACCCAUGGCUCAAGAUGAUGAUGUCGAUGCUGGGCGCGAGUGUAUUAUCAAGGGGCUUUGCGUAUACCUCAACGAGGACCCAGACAAUAUGGUGAAAGAGUAUGUGACUGUCCGCGUACAACAGUGUAUGCGCAAGAAGAAUGCUGAAAGAGUGCAAGUCAAUUGGUGGCCUUGCACGAGCCCUCCUGAUGAUGAAAAUGACUUAAAGGCCAAAGUAUACUUCAACCAUAUGCAUUAAGCUGGCACGGCUUUUGCUGUAGGCAAGUUUGUU